AUGAUUGUACUUAUCAUCUGGUCUGCAAAAUACCGUGGGUUGUGUCACGUCGGUUCUACACCACGCACCUUUAUCAUGCUACCCACAUGCAAGUUUUUUUCAUCUAUGAAACCUUCUUUGUUGAUACAUGAUAUUCAGUUCUAUAUCUUGCAUAAGUUAAUCUAA